CACAGUCUGUAGUGCCGCGUCUCCGGUCGAUUCCACGAAGAUCCACGGUGUUCGGCGUCGGGAUGAUGAACGGGAGUCGGCGCAGCCCGGCUGACUGUCCGGUGGGCGGUGUCUUCUCCUUGGAGGGGCUGCCGCCGCUGCCCAAAGGCCUCAGCGGGAUCCUGAACUCCAGCGGCGGGUCGUGGCGGGACAUCGAGAGGGUCCACAGCAAGAGAGCCCGGAUCCAGGCCGACAUCAGCCGGGGCGGCACGUCCACGGAGGCGCCGCGGCAGCACGGUAAACCGGGUGGACUGGACGGAGCUCUGGCUCUGCUGCGGAAGGAGAUGGUGGGUCUGCGUCAGCUCGACAUGUCUCUGCUGUGCCAGCUCUGGUCUCUCCACGAGGCUAUUCAGGAGUACAAGGGAACCACGCUUCUGUCCGAGGCCUCCUACAGCGCUGACAAUGGAUAUUCUGACGAGGAGGAGGAGGAGGACAUAGAAGAUGAAGAUGAGGAGCAGCCAGCCUCUCACCCUCCCCCCUCCUCCUCGUCCUCAUCCUUGUCUCUGCCCCCGCCCAGCGGAAACUCCAGAGACCAGUGGAUUAAAGACUCCUUUCACAUUCCCUGAUGUUUCUGCUCCGUAUGUGACAGAAGAUACACAACACACACUGAACACUGAGACACUUUUACUGCAUUU